AGAUCGCAUCGUUGCUGCUAACUUACUGAGUUGAGCACCUGGUGUGCAGCUGUCAGUCAGCGGGGUGAUGCUCGCUGUCUGAGAGCCGAACGGAACCGCAGACUGGACCUCGGUGGUAAGUUAACAUGCCAGAUUCAUCCGCCGUGUCUGCAGCUGUUUAUGAAGGAACGGGACCGUGCCUAGCUGCGGCCACACAGGCUGUCAACAUGGCUAACGUUAGUUUCUCCUGGUUAGUCGCUGCAAACCUACAAUUUACGCGCUUCAUCGCCUUUUCUACCUCCGCUGUUUUUAAACGGUGACACGCUGUCCGUGUUUUGGCUCUGGAUCAGAUGCAGAGUCGCCAGUAAUGGUUCAUAUUUUCAGCAGGUCAUUUUAACGACCUGCGUAUUAAAGACAGGACAGUGCGCGGAGACGGAGGACGUGUGUUACUGGCUGAGCUGAAUGAGUGGCCUGGACAGGAUUAUUGCUUCUAAUAAGACUGGAUACCAAGAACCAUGGUGACCAAGAAAGUCAGGACAGAGUAUAUGAAGAAGUUCAGGGAUCCCAAAUGGGAAACGUUUUCUAAAUGUUAUGAGGACUCUCUAAAAUAUCGCUUGACCCGUCGGGUGAUGGAGCAUUCCCACAAGCCCUGGUGCUGGGAGGGCUGGGAGAGCGCUUCUGAGUCCAGUGGGUGGUCCACACCGAGACUGACCAGGAACAGAGUCCUUCCUCUGUCUCUGCCGCCGCCACCCGCAUGUUCAGAGGUCAAACAGAGGCCGACUGAGGCCAAGACCAGUCCGGGGUGUAAGCCGUCCUCCCAGGUCAAACAGACUGAAGUGGAAACAGGAGAGUCUCAUGUUGUCAACGCUGCACCAACAGCAGUUGUUGUAGAAAACGGUAUCAAAGGGCCUGAGGCAGUUUCAGCGGCCAUGCCUCCGGACACCAGUGGGCCCUCAGAUGACACGGCAACGGACAACGGGCCUGACAGUUCAGAGUCAUCUGAAGAGAAGCCGGUGAAGCCAGCACAGCGACGGCGCCACCGCUGUCGCACCCCUCGCUCUGUGCCAGCGCAGCGGGACAGUUCCCUGGAGGAUAAACCGGCUGUGGUCCAAAAGCCGCCGAGGGCCAAGAGCCAACCAGCAAUAAGCAGCAAGGGCAACCGGCAACUGUCCGCCAGGAUGGACUGGACCGAGAAACACCCAGAGAUCCAAACGUCCGUCGCCUGUGUUCAGACCCAGCCCACCAGGCGCAGCUCCAAUCUGGAGCGUCGGCGGGCUCGGUCAGCUGACCUGGAGAAGACGCAGCGGUCGCGGCUGACCAUGGCCACCGAGGAUGACCGCUGGAUGACAGAAUACAUGCGCUGCUUCUCCGCCCGGCUCAGGUAGAGGCCGGCUCCACAAAGGUCCCUGAAAACGCGCGUUUGUUAUCAGCGGACACGCACGAGGAGGGGCGGCCUGUUUUCUGCUGACUGGACCGAACAGCACUGAGCAGCACAUUGUCCUAUAGUGGGCUCAGUGGAGAAGUUAGUGGGGGAAACACAAACUGUCAUUCCAAUCACAGUUAAAACCAAUAUCUUUCAUACCCCUGGCAAAGUGUUUUUUUUUUUUUUUUAAGUUUAUCAACAAGUUUCUACUGACUGGAAUUAAUAUUAAGGUUUACAAAAUGUUUUGUUUUGAGAGGCGUCUGUCUCAUUUCCUUUCAGAAACAAACGUCUUGGUUGAAUGAAAAAAGUCAAACUACAUCUACCAGGGGUAUGAUUUAUUUGUAUUUUAACUGUACUUCUGUUUCAGUUCCCAGAUUUCUAAGCUGGUGUGCAGAUUAAACGGGGAACGCAGAGAAGAGCUUUCCCAUCAGGUCGGCAGGGAUUUAGAGGAAUAAAACAUUAAUCUGUGCGCAUUUCACAUCACUUAGAAACUAAUUUUGGAUUAAUACAACUAAAGUGCUCCUCCUGCUUUCAUGCUAAUUAAUUUCUCUCUGACCCACUUAGCAACACCUGUUCUUUAGAGCUUCAUUUAGUGCUCUGCAGGUUCCUUUAGAUAAAUUCUGAGGGAUAAAGAGUCUGGAGACAAACAGCUGCUCUGAAAAACACAGACACCGACACAUUUCUGUCUGCGAAUGAAAAACAUGCAGCAGUUGCAUUUAUUUAAAGGAACCGGUACCAAUAAUUGUGAAACUGGUGAUUUCAUCCAAAACAGUUAUUUUCAACAUCAUAUAUAUUUUUUCUCCACUGAAUAAAUGUACUCAGAUUAAAGAGUUUUUUUUAAUCUUGAGUGACGUUAU